CGCUUGGCGCCGGCUGCUGUAUCGCCGCAGACACAGGUCGCGCCGGUCACUCCCCGGGUCCCCGGGUCCCGUGGUCCGGCCAGGUGGGGCCGCCCGGGCCGGGGGUCGCCACUACCAUGGAGGUGGUCGUGCUGUGCGGCCUGUCGGCGGUGUUGAUACUGCUGUCCGCCGCUGCCUGUAGCCUGGGCCGCCCGCUAUCCGGGCCGGCCACCGCGCUGGUGCUACUCGCUGCCCUGCACCUGUUCCGCUACCCACCCGUCCCAACAGAGCUCGCCCACCGGGUGCUCAGGCCCUGCGGCCGUGUCUCCAUCAUCGCCCACCGCGGUGCCGGCUUCGAUGCCCCCGAGAACACGCUGGCCGCCUUGAAACUGGCUGCUGAAAAUAACGCUACUGGUGUGGAGUUUGAUGUCGAGUUCACUUCAGAUGGGGUCCCUAUUCUGAUGCACGAUAGCACUGUGGACCGCACAACGGACGGUACCGGCUCUCUGGAUCACUUGACCUUCGAAGAUGUCCGGAAACUGGACCCAGCAGCAAAGCACAGACUACACAAGAAGUAUCUGGGUGAGAAGGUCCCAACACUGAGGGAAGCUCUUGUAGAAGUUCUCAAAACCAACAUGACAAUUUACUUUGAUGUCAAAGGUCACGCAGCUCAGGCUUCUACUGCCUUGAAAGAGAUGUACAAAGAGUUUCCUGAACUGUACAACAGGAGCAUUGUGUGCUCCUUUGAGCCAAUGGUCAUUUUCAAGAUGAGGCAGGCUGACCAGAAUGUGAUCACAGCCCUGACCCAUCGACCCUGGAGUUUGAGUUUCCAUGGGAACGGGAAAGCCAAAUACGAUGGCUACAAACAAUACGUGUACAUGUUCCUGGACGUGGUUCUGGACUGGUCACACCACGCCUUCUUGUGGAAACUGCUUGGUGUUUCUGCGUUUUUAGUGCAAAAGAAUUUCAUAUCAUUAGACUACGCUCGGUUUUGGGCUGAGAGAGGUGUUGAUGUGGUUGCCUGGACAGUAAAUUAUGCAGAUGAAAAACGAUACUAUGAAAAUAUCCUCCAGUGUCAUUACAUUACAGACACCCUUAUUGAAACUUGUUCACCUCCCUGAAAUUGUGGUGUACAUUUAAUGGCCUAAUUGUACCAAGGUUUAAACAGGUUAUUAGUCUCUUUAUUUGUAUUUUGAUAAUGGAAAAAGCUGACGAGUUUUGGAGUUUGAUAAAAAAUCUUCAAUAAUUUGUUAAUGCUGUCAAUUGAACACAAUGUCAGCGUUAAAUAAUGGCAGCAAAACACUAAACUUCUAUGUCUUUCAACUUUUGUUUAUCAUUCGAUCGGGGAUUAAAUGGCAUUUGAGGUAAAUUGCGUGGUUAAAGGGAUUUUGAUUCAGUGCACAUAGAUUUUAUGGAGAAUUCCUUCUCUGAUCUUCUCUCACUAGGUGCCAUUUGGGUAAUCAGUUUUAGCUAGGCAGAUGGUUGGUAGUGAGCAAGAAACUGUGGAGUUAAAGUACUCCCUGUAUUCUCUCUCACCAAACCGAGGCCAGCAAAUACAUUUUUAUACAGCUGCUCAGCAUCCAAGGGGGAUUAAAAUCUACCGUUCAUUUGUUGUAUUUUAUCGUUUUGCACAUUAUUGAUAUUCAAUAUUUCUUUAAAACAAUUGUUUUAAUAUACUUAAAAUAGUUAAAUGAUCAAAGGAGUGAAAGGAAUUCUUGCACUAUUUCCAAAUGAAUGGGCAGUUUUAAAACUUAUUUAACUUUCGUUGGAGAAUAGCUGAAAAUUAUUUGCUUGAAUGUGUGUGAAAUUCUCCCGUAACUUUUCAUGUCAACAUCCUCCUGUACCUUUUUUUGAAAACAAUACAAAUUGGGAAGAGGCAAGUGAGCCUUCAAUGGACGGGCAACAGACAGGCAGAAUUGUUUACUCCCCUAAUUCUGGAAAUAUUCCAAGCCGUUAUCACCGAUGUUGUAACUAUAUUUGUUGACCUUGAUUAAACCGCACCAACGGUUGUUCGUGAAGCUUUAAGCUUUGUGGGUUGGUAGUUUUGCUGAGAUACCCAUUCCGUUCGGCAGUGAAGGGAACUGUUAAUGCACUAUCCGUACACUCUCUACCUCUGGAACAUCUUCACGUUCAUCUUGCAGCUGUACGUUUGUAUUUGCUUUGAUAGCAAACUCAGUGCAUUAGAUAGUCAAUUAUUAUCCGCAAACUUUGCUGAUGAUCAAGCUCUUCUCAGGGUUGCAUUUUAAAUUCAUAUUUAAGUGCUAAUUUAAAAAAUAUCACUGCUUACUGUAUGAAUAAAUAUCUAUGGUAUCCAAACAGUUUGUGUUUCUUCAAAAUUAAACAAGAAAAACAAUGUG